AUGAAUGAAGCUGAACGCCGUGAGAGGAUGCGGCAAGCUCUCGAUAACGCUAGUUGUUUAUUUGAUCGCCGCUUCAAGGUUCAGUUCAUAUUUGUUUUCGAUGAAGCCCGUUCCUUGCUGCCGACCGGACGAGAGAUGAUUACUUCAUUCCUCUUCGACGUGCUCAUGGAGAAUCUGGAUACUAUUGACGAUACAUCAACUGCGUCUGCGACUGUGAUGGAUCCAAUGCGCUUGACGUACUUAGGUCGGCCACCGUUUCGUUCAUAUAUUCAGGCUUUAGAUUCUCAAGCCUCACAUCAGGACAUACUGACUAUUCGAAAUCUUGCCCGAUCCAAACUUGUACGCUCAUCAGAAUUUUCCAGCAAGCCAUCAAUGAUUGAGGCGCUCAGUGUACUCUCAGUCCGACUUUGUCUUGACGUUGUCACAUAG